AGAGAGACAGACAGAUCAGAUAAAUGUAGAGGUCUAAUAAGUGGCCAGGAGGCUGAAGAGAGACAAAGUGACAGGUCAAGAUCCAGCAACAGAUAUCAGGAGGAGUGAACAAACCAGAGGAGGAGGAGGAGGAGGAGGAGUCUGGUCCAGGGCUAAAUAGAGUGGAGCAGCCCUUCAAAAACAGAAAGAGAGCCAGUGACAUAAAUGGGGAACACGCUGAAGGACUUCAACUGGCAACAUACAUUAUCAGCACUCAAGGAACUACCCAAAAUAUAAACAGAAGAAAAAGGAGACGUGGAGAUACCACCCACAGAGAGACUGAAUGAUACCACACACAGGGUUUAUGACAGGUAAUCAGACCGCAACUGAGCAACACACACUAACAAUCAAUAAACACAUUCACUCAUGUAUUUAUGGAAUACACACCUACACACAGCAGGUGACGGCAACACACAGGCUGAACAUCCAUAACUCCAGCUCGCAGAGUUUAGACUACAGUCAGGAGGCGUAGUGGAUUUUGGCUGACACUGAUGAGCGAUGGACAAUUUUCUGAACACAUCAUGCUGAGGGACGACCAAAGAUGAACUGAUCUAAGUCUGGAUCAUCUCCUCCAUCCUGGAAAAUUCAAGUAGAUGGUUGUCUAGUCAAGAGUUUGAGGAUUUUCCCCCCAAUGAUAUCUUUCGGAGUGAUCUGCAAUGGAAGUUUUGCACGUUGAAUGAGUUGGACGUUCACCGACGGACACUGCAUCAGCAUGAAGCUCAGAUAUGGGGCAUUUGGGGCACUGCCAGCCUUGCUGUUGUGUUUACUGUUGACCACCUGCAGCACGCAAGACAGUGAGGAGUUUACUAUGGAGCGUCAGGAGGAAAACAGCACCGUCAGCACUGAGAGCCCUGAUACUGUCUCCUCUGACAUAACCCCCGUGAGCCCCCACAUGACAUGGAUAGCUUUCAGGGACAACUACAACAAGGGUGGAAAUAAGAAACCAAGAGGAAAUAAAAGACUAUCCAAGCAUGGUCUUCCCGGUCCACCAGGCCCUCCUGGUCCUCAGGGGCCUCCAGGUCCACCAGGCCCCUUACUCCCGUAUCAUGCAGAGUUUAUAAAGGACUUCCAGUUCAAAUUGAAAGAGAUGGUUGGAACUUACUGUGUGUAUUGUGAUCAACCUCCUCGCGUGGCCACGGCUUUCCGCUGCCGAAUUCAACACAACCAGCUGGUCCACCGCCGCAGCCUGCAGGAGCUCCAGCCCUUCAACACCCCCUCGAACACAGAGCAGUUUCAUCAGCGAGGACAGGGCUUUAACAUCAGCAGUGGCCGCUAUACGGCUCCAGUGUCUGGCUUCUACCAGCUCUCAGCUAAUCUGCUGCUAGAAUCCAACUCAGAGUCUCAGAAAAAGGCCCACGGCAGGCAGAGGGACAGUGUCAGAGCCUCCAUAUGCAUAGAGUCUCUGUGUCAGAGUAAUGUGUCUCUGGAGACGGUGACUGGGGUUAGUGCUACAGGAGGAGUAUUCAGUAUUCUCCUGUCCGGGACGCUUUACUUGCAGGCUGGAGAGUAUGUGUCUAUUCUCAUUGACAAUGGCACAGGUUCAGCCCUCACAGUUCUCCAAGACAGUCUGUUUUCUGGCAUCCUUAUUGGAGUAUGAAGACAAUAACAAAGCAGAAACCAAUCAAACCUGACACAAUACUCAUCUGUAUUAUGAGAUUGAGUUCAGGACAAUAGUAAUGACAUGAGGAGGACUACUUUUUCCAAGCAUCUAAAACAUUUAACAAAGAGCAGCAGGAUUGCACUGCUAUUGUUUUUAUUUUUAUUAUUCCAAAAAGAAUGCCGACAACAUCUAAACUCUGUUCAUAAAGAUGUAUGUACUUUUUCAUGUGGUAUGUUUAUGUAUUCAUUUCAUAACAGGGUUGAAGUUUUAUUUAUUUGCAUUUGCUUUAUGAAAAAAAUAUAUUGAUGUUUGUGUAUAUAUAUGCAAUAAAAUGCUUCCACAACUGCUGAAACAUGCUCUGGGAAUAUAUUUCUGCAAAUAGAGUGAUUUGUAUUAAUUGAA